AUGACCAAUUCAAGCAGAGUCGGCUCACGCCUAAGCAAGGCUUUGCGCCAACAACAAAAGAUCUCAACAGCGUGCAUCACAACGCGUCAACUGGGAACGGUCUCAUCAUCAUUAUCGUCCUCAUCAAUAGGACAGCAGCAACAAAAAACAGACUUCAAAGCUCUCCUCUCCCGCCCAACUUGGUCUGUUCGCUCUCUCCUCCCACCAACCACAAGCUCCUCAGAACCAUCAUCAACCACAAUAUCCCCCUCCCAACUAACCCACCUACACUCCCUUUCCGCCCUCCCCAACCCAACCACCCCUUCCACGCUCGAGUCCCUCACCCGCACCCUUCAGUCCCAGCUGCACUUUGUCCGCGCCAUACAAGCCGUCGACACCACUGGGGUCGCUCCCCUAUCUGCCAUCCGGGAUGAGACCGCCGCCGGCCGUAGGGAGCAGACCGUCACGCUCGACCAACUGGCUGAGGUUCUCCAGAGUGAGAGGCCUAUCGGUCGUGCUGGGAGGCCCAGGAGGCUGAAAGCGACUGCCGCCACUACGAAUGUUGCGGAGGCUGGCCUGGUCAGUAGAGAUGGGGAACCAGGUUGGGACGUCCUCGGAACUGCAAAGCGUCGGGCUGGACAGUAUUUCGUUGUGAAGAGCUCUUCCGCGAAACAGGAAACUUGA